CCUAAGGUUGCCCGACACAGGGGCCAUGUUGGGGGGGACACUGAGCAGCCCUUUGAAGCUUGGAAAUUUUGUGUGGUGCAUGAACUCCAAUCGCUUCUACGUCCUUCGACAUCUGUGUUACAGCAUAGUCUGGUGAUUGUUCAUAAGCAUGACCCUGAGUCAUAAGUUCCUGGGUUUGUUUCAUGGUCCUCCCACCUUGUUUCAGAGGGCAAAAGUAGGUUAAUCCAUGUUAGUGUUUCCACUGAAAACCCUCCUCCAUGUCUGGUGAUUAAUCAUUACCCUUAACCUUACCCCUAAAUAUUGACUUUAAAGUAGAAAUUUGGCUUACUUAAAAGUGACUCUUUAAUUCAGCAGAUGCACUUAAACAGCAUAGCGUUUUUAUUUACUGUUUAUUGAAGGUAUAGGCAGUGUCAUUCUUAGGAAAUAUAAAUUGUCAAUAGAAACUGUCCCUUGAGGAAUUGACAGUAGUAUGUAGUAGAGAAUAUUAGGUAUGAGAACAGUAAAAGCAACAAGAGAGUUAGCAUAGAGGGCUCUAGAGAAAGAGAUAACUGAGAAGCCAUUUUAGUUGUCCCAGUACUAGAGCUGGUUGAGGGCUGGAUUUACAGGUCUGAGAGAUUAGCCAAAGGGCAAAGGAAAGAAUUUUCUGCCAGAAGAGAGAUGGCUGGCAUCACCCAACCUAGGAAGGUGAUGAUUGGAGACAAGCAGGUGUGAGAAUGUGGAUCACGAGUACCAUACCAUGCAGGACAAGUGUGAUCAGAGAUGGAUCUGCUCAGAAGGAAGGGGCUGGAGCUUGAAGUCUGAGCAGAAAUAGGUAGAGUCAGUUCAAUUAUUAAUACAGCCACAAAAGCUCGGGAGAGGCUGAGAAAACACCCCAUGCUGGGUUCUACGAACUCUGGAGAGAUGAAGAUGAACAAGUCCAAGCCUCAGGUCUAGUGAGCUUUCUUUACGUGGUAGACACCUGCCAAGUCCGAUGCUAGGAAUCCAAAAGUGGAAAUGAAGGCUUUCCGGGGGAGCAAAUGGGGUCCUCUGAGGGGUUCACAUAUAAAAGCUGAUGCAUUGAAAUCACCGUGGGGUUACUGCAGAGGGAUGUGCAGAGGCAAGUGGCAAAAGCUUUAUAUUUCUAUCUGAAUCCUUCUGUACAAAGUGGCCAAGUAAAGGAGAGAUAAAAGAUACUUUUGGGUUUCAGAAACUGGAAGUGCAGAUUUGUGGGUUCGAUGGUAAGGGGUGCCACUGUCUUAGUUUGGGUUUUAGUGCUGUAAAGAAACACCACGACCAAGGCAACUUUUAUAAAGGAAAACAUUUAAUUGGGUCUGGCUUUCGGUUUCAGAGGUUUCAUUAUAAUCAUGAUGGGAAGUAUGGAAGCUUUAGACAUUCUACAUCUUGAUCUGAAGUCUCAGAAGGGGACUGUGUCCACAUGGGGAAUAGCCAGAGCAUAGGAGACCUCACUGCCUCCAUAGUGACACACUUACUCCAAAAAGGCCACACCUACUCCCUAUUCCAACAAGACCAUAGCUCCUAAUAGUGCCACUCCCUAUGAGCCAAGCAUUCAAACAUGCAAAUCUAUUGGGGCCAUUAAUAAUUUAGGGGAAAAAAAACCUAUAGUCUAAAACAGGUGAGUAAAGUGACCAGCUUUAUUUGGAGUAAGCAAUCAAAGAACUUUAUUUUUACUCCUUAAUUGGAGUAUAGAGUAAAAAUAAUCACAUUUAUUGUGUAGGAUUCCCAAUUUGGGCAUCAUGAGGAGUGCCAAAAGUAAGAAUGUAUUGACCCUUAAAGAGCUUGCAGUCCUGGUGGGACACAACAGCUAGCAUAUGUCAGGGAGUAAACAUGUGGCGCUGUGCCUGCUCUGUGUGACAACUGCUGUGCCUACUGUUGGUGGUAGGCAUUUGCUUUUUGCCAAGGGACUGCAGCCUAUGUUGGCCUUGAACUCAUAAUCCUCCUGCCUCAGUCUCCCAAGAACUGGCACUGUAGACAUGUGCCACACGAUGUAUUUUGCUUACUUGUUCUAAGCUUAAGUAACUUUAAGACUGUGUUUGUUUAGUUGGCGUGCUUUAAUGUAGUAUACAGACCAGUGACCUAAACAAUAGGAAUGCAUUUUCUCACAGUUACAGAAACUGAACAUUGGAGGUAACAGUGGUGUUGGUAGACCAGGUCUCUCCUGUGCCUCUUCUCUUGGCUUGUACAUAGUUUCCUCAUAGAAUCUUCCCUCUAUGCUUGUCUCUGAUUUAAUUCUUUGUUCAGAGACAUCACUUCUUUUUGGAUUAAGGUACAUUUUAACUUAAUUAGCUGUGUCUUAAAGACCUUUUUAAGGUACAGAAGUUAGAACUUCAAGAGACAAACUAGGAUGUUGGCUGGAAGUGUUUAGCCCUAAAAGAUUCCUAAAGGACUAGAACUUGAGCUGUGCUGCAAAAGGGGUUUGGCAAAAUCUGGAUGGUUCAGGUUGAGUGGGAGGAGGUCGGGUAGGCAGGUUGUGUCUCAGGAACAGAAAUAGGGAAAAGCCACAGUAGGUAAGAAUUUUAGGAGUAGUUUGAAUACAGGAGUCUAUAGAGGCGUAAAGCUUUUUUUUUUUUUUCUUUAAAUAGGUUUUGUAUUUUAGCCUGUUUUAUUUUUAACUAAGAGAGUCAGGGAUAGACCAAGGUGGUUCCUGAACUCCCUCUGCACUGCUGUGAACUACACCAGCUAUUACACCUCUGUCCCUAUGAAGACAUUUAACACAUUGAAAUUGACUUUAGGGUUUUCCUUAUCUCUAGACAGCAGGGCUUUGUCUGUUCUGAGUAUCCCCAUGUAAAGAAUGCAGUGUAUAUCUGAAGGGUCUCAUAUAUUUAACCAUGCCUUGCACUUGGAGAGGGCGAGUGAGCAAGCUGCAUUCAUGGAAGAUAGUGUGUGCUGGGGCACUAAUGGAAGCCUUGCUUGAGGAAUCUAGCAUGUGAAAGACAAGCAUGGAAGACAGGACAUGAGCACACAGUAUGCAGAAAUAAGCCAGAACAGAAACUGACUGGUUGAAAAGGGGAUUUAUUUUAAAAAUAAAAUAAAAAAUGCAUGAUCACUCUUGAGGUUUGAGGAAAAGCUUAAACUACAACCAAAACAAAACACCAAAAAAACCUUGGGACAGGAAUGACAAAACCAAACCACUUACAAGAAUGUACAAGUCAGCCUACACUGAGAUCAGUCAUUUGGCUCCACUCAACUAUUGCCUUUGUCUUCUCAUGAACCAUAGUCUAGGGAGAAAGUUUCUAGUUGGCCUGGCUUUGUUUGUAUGCCUACAACCAUCAGGUUGCACUUGCUAGGCAAGAGUAUUCUUCCAGACCAAUGCAGAGGGUCUCUGCAGAAGCAGCAGUGGCUGCUGGGUGGCCAGAGCAGACCAACGGAGGCUGCUUGUAUGCAGCAUAGCUAAGAGCCUAAACUGUGUUAAAGUGAAGUCAUCCUCCUGGCUGAGGCUGCCCCUGAACCAAAUUUGAACUAGAGAGAGGGAGGCUGAAAUGUGUUGAAAUGGAGUACAGUAACCUGACACCAUGAAGGAUUCCCCUAAGCCUGUCUAGCUUUGAAACCGGAGGCACUUUAGAGAAUUUUGGGAUGUCUGCAGUGUUACCAGGUGAGUGAUGACAACACUGAAGCUCAGCCAACUUCCUGUCACCACGGAGUCACAUCAAGUGGAGAGAGUGUGAGCCUAAGGAUGAGUUGUGUAUGUAGUUAAAUGUUGGAUGUUCAUGUGCAUCCCUCUAGUUCCAGGGUCAUGGUAGGUCAUGUGGGCAUGCUUCACCAUUGCAAAGGGCAGUGUUCCUAGAGCUUAGCUGUAGGUUAGUAAAGGGACAGUUCCCACAGAGCUAUUAGUGUGCAUGUUUGGACUAGUCCUAGAGCCUAACUCUUUUGUAAUGAUCUUUUGCUGUGGCACCAGUCUCUUAAAUUGAAAUAGGGGAGAUUGUUUUGAAUCCUUUCAUCUCCUUCUCACCUUCCCUUCAUAGUAUCCUGUGGAGUUUGUGACUGUGUGCUUCCCUUUCUUAUGCAUCUGUCUCCAGAAUACUCUAUUCCAAAAUUGCCCACCUUCCUUAAACUCCAAAGUCCCUCAUCCAAGUAACGUAAGGAUGGAAAUGCUUGGGUUGAAUUAACUUAUAUUAAGAUAUAUUAAGAUUUGUCUCACCUCAGCAUCUAGUGUGUCAUAGGCAUUUGUGUGAUGGCAUGGAGAAAUUUCAUUGAGUCCAGCUGUGUGGAACUUUAGGAAAUUGACUUGAGGCCAGGGCAAGCUUCAAAAGAUUUUAAUCUGGGCCAUAUAAAAUUCCUGGAAGUUCUGGAUCUUUUUAACAGCAAUAUCAAGUGAAUCCCAAGCCUUCCCUGAUUCCCACCAGUCACUCACUCAUCCACCCUACCAGCUCCUGACCACAUUGAUAGCCUGCUGACAGCAGUGUUCUUCCACACUCUGUGCCUUCUUUAUCACAUUGUUGUCUGCCCAGUCACAGGAAUGUGAGGUGCAGGAGAACAGGAAGCCAGCCAACGAGCUCACCUCCCAUCAUCAGCACCUCUUAUGAUGCACAGUGUACAGCGGGCUCACAAACACUCGGGAGAGGAAGAGAGAAGAAAGAUGUGUGCUUGCCAGGCCUUUGUGGAAUACAAAUGGUGAUGGCCUCACCUCUUCUUUCAGAUAAACUGCAGAAUGGAGGGACUACUGCAUUACAUCAACCCAGCACAUGCCAUCUCUCUGCUCAGUGCCCUCAAUGAGGAGCGCCUCAAGGGACAGCUGUGUGACGUGCUCCUGAUUGUUGGAGACCAGAAGUUCCGAGCUCAUAAGAACGUCUUGGCUGCCAGCAGUGAGUACUUCCAGAGUUUAUUCACGAAUAAGGAGAACGAGGCUCAGACUGUCUUUCAGCUGGACUUCUGUGAGCCUGAUGCUUUUGACAACGUUCUGAACUACAUUUACUCUUCUUCCCUCUUUGUGGAGAAGGGCAGCCUUGCUGCUGUGCAGGAGCUGGGGUAUAGCCUUGGUAUCUCCUUCCUGACCAACAUCGUUGCCAAAGCCCCUCAGGCUCCUUUUCCAGCCUGUCCCAACAGGAAAAGAGUGCCAGUGGAAGAUGAUGAAACCACCUCUCAAAAGCGAAGUGUCAUUGUAUGUCAGGGCAGGAGCGAAGUGCCAGGGAAAGCCAGUGGUCCAGCCAUGCAGGACCUUAGCCAUGCUGCCCGAGCCUCCCCCAGUGGUUCAGUCAAGACCAGCACCAGUAAGCCACAUGUGGCCAAGCCACCAGAGCAGCUUCAUAGUCUGUCCUUAACUGAAAAGAGCUGGACAAAGGAGAGUGCUGCAGUCUAUGCAAAGUCUCUGGAACAGCCUGGGGCUUUGGAUGAUCCUAAUAGGGGCAGUUUGGUAAAGAGAACUACAGUCCUGCCCCCAAAGCCUUCACAGGACAGAGAGGCCACAGAUGAUAAACCAGGGGUGAGCAGCCAGCUUCCCAAGGGGAAAGCUAUAGAACUGGCACUGAAGAGACCACGGCCCCCCGUUCUGUCUCUUCAUAGCUCAUCAGAGACUCCAUAUCUCUUAAAAGAAACUAGCAAAGGAGGCGGUCAGGGGGAGGAUAGGAACUUGCUCUACUACUCUAAGCUAGGGCUGGUGGUCCCAUCUGGUGGUCCUGCUUCUGCAAACCAGAGCAUUGACAGAAGUGGCCCACUAGUGAAAAGCCUCCUCAGGCGGUCACUAUCUAUGGACAGCCAGGUUCCUGUUUACUCCCCCUCCUUAGAUUUGAAGUCAUCCCAGGGAUCAUCCUCAGCGGCAAAUGAGGCACCGGGCAGUGUGUUCUGUGCGAUGUCUCAAAAGUCAUCCUUAAAAGAUUGCAGUGAAAAAAAAGUCCUGGAUGACAGGCCUCAAGUGCUCCAGCCUCAUCGCCUCAGGUCCUUUAGUGCUUCUCAGUCGACAGACAGGGAGGAGGCCUCCCCUGUGACUGAGGUACGCAUUAAGACGGAGCCCAGCAGCCCACUUUCGGACCCCUCAGACAUCAUCCGGGUCACUGUGGGAGGAGAUGCAGCAGCAGCAGCCGCCACGAGAGAGCUGCCCCUCAAAACAGAGGAAGACCAGAGAGAUAUGAGCAGACUCCCGGCAAAGAGAAGGUUCCAGACAGACAGAAGGUCACCCUUGAAGAAGCCAAAGGCAAAUGAACACGGGCCUGCUGUCUCAGAAGAGAACUGUGAAGAGGGCAGGAGCCCUCCUUCCCUUGACAGCAACUUCCCAGAUUCUGACUUAAACAGAGAGGAGUUUGGUGAGUUGGAGGGGACGAGACCAAACAAAAAAUUUAAAUGCAAACAUUGCCUUAAGAUUUUUAGAUCAACCGCGGGUCUUCACCGCCAUGUUAACAUGUACCAUAACCCCGAGAAGCCUUACGCUUGUGACAUCUGUCACAAGAGGUUUCAUACCAACUUCAAAGUGUGGACACACUGUCAGACCCAACACGGCAUAGUGAAGAACCCAUCGCCAGCCUCUAGUUCCCAUGCAGUUUUGGAUGAGAAAUUCCAAAGAAAGCUGAUUGACAUAGUGAGAGAGAGGGAGAUUAAGAAGGCCCUGAUCAUUAAGCUGAGGCGCAGCAAGCCUGGCUUCCAGGGACAGAGUAGCUCCCCAGCACAGCAAGUCAUCAAGAGGAACUUGCGCUCCCGAGCCAAAGGGGCCUACAUUUGUGCCUACUGUGGCAAGGCAUACCGCUUUCUCUCUCAGUUUAAGCAGCACAUAAAGAUGCACCCGGGAGAGAGGCCCCUCGGAGUAAGCAGAGCUGCUAAGCCAAAAGCACGCGCGGUAGAGAGCAAGGAGGUUUACCCGUGCCGCCUCUGUAAUGCUAAGCUCUCUUCUCUUCUAGAGCAAGGCAACCACGAGCGCUUGUGCCGGAACGCCACCGUUUGCCCUUACUGCAGCCUCAGGUUCUUCUCCCCCGCGCUGAAGCAGGAACAUGAGGACAGGUGUGAGUACAAAAAGCUGACUUGCCUGGAGUGCAUGCGCACCUUCAAGUCCUCCUUCAGCAUCUGGCGGCACCAGGUGGAAGUGCAUAACCAGAACAACAUGGCUUUAGCAGAGAACUUCUCCAUGCCCACCCUGGACCACAACGGUGAAGUGGCAGCUGCUUCCAGGCCUCAGACUGAGCCCAGCAAGGUAAACCAUGUGGCCACUCCGAAAGAGGAUACGGCAUUUAGCGACUCUUCAGAACAAGUGAACUUCGAUUCUGAGGAUUCCUCCUGCCUCCCUGAAGACUUGAGUCUUUCAAAGCAACUGAAAGUCCAAGUCAAAGAGGAGCCUGUGGAGGAGGCUGAGGAGGAGGCUCCUGAGGUUAGCGCAGCUCCCAGGGAGGCCGGCCCCAGCAAGGAGGCCGGCCUAUGGCCCUGUGAGAAAUGCGGAAAGAUGUUCACGGCACACAAGCAGCUGGAGCGGCACCAGGAGCUGCUGUGUUCCGUGAAGCCCUUCAUCUGCCACGUAUGCCACAAAGCCUUCCGUACCAACUUCCGGCUCUGGAGUCACUUCCAGUCCCACAUGUCUCAGGCUACAGAGGAGCCUGUGCAGAAAGAGCCUGAGGUGUGUCCUGUGCCCACAAACUCCCCCUCACCACCACCUCUGCCACCUCCACCACCCUUGCCCAAGAUUCAGCCCCUGGAGCCCGACAGCCCCACAGGCCUGCCUGAGAACCCAGCCCCAGCUACAGAGAAGCUCUUUGCACCCCAGGAGUCAGAUACCCUAUUCUACCACGCCCCGCCCCUUUCAGCAAUCACAUUUAAGAGACAGUUCAUGUGCAAGCUCUGCCACAGGACAUUCAAGACGGCCUUCAGCCUUUGGAGUCAUGAGCAGACACACAAUUAAAGGGCCUCCCCUUCACCUGUCGCAAAGCAGCAGGCCCUCAGCUUGUGAACUGUGUCCUAAGACAGAAUAUUUGAUAAAAAUAAUAAAGGUUGGAAAUUUUUAUGUUUGAAUUUAAGUUUGGGAUGAAUUACUAUUGGCUAGGAAUGACCUCACAGUUUUCUGGACCUCAGCAGCAGGGGUUGGAUUCUAUUACUCUUGAAGUUGGGUUAAUGUUGGUGAUUAAGGUUUUUGGUUUCUGGGUAGUGGGAUGCUGGGAAGAGGUUUUUUUUGGUUUUGGUUUUGGGUUUGUUUUUGUUUUCUGAUUAUUGCAGACACCUAAGUUUGAGGUAACCCUUAGCCAUGUUUUUAAGGCCAAAAACAUACAAGGAAGAAGAGGAGUCAUUUGCAGUAUUGAGUCAGAUUUUAGAAUACUUUAGCAAUAAGAAAAGCCAAGCCCCAACUUUAGUAAAUUAUCCUGACACUUGAUAAGAAAAAUAAUUGGUAUUUUGUGGUCCUAGGAAACUUUCUUUUUGUACGAAAAUUGUGAGAAUUUAAAUCAGCAAUAGUCACACUUAGAUUUUUUUAUAAAAGAACGAUCUGUCAAUCACUCCAUAUAAUCAGUGAUGGUCACGUGCUAAGGGAGGCAGAGUAAUAGAAGCAAGUUUGUGGGGUGCUCUACAAUCGGCUGCAACAGGUUAGUUGUGAAAGCCGCUGAACUCUGGUAUGUUCUCUCCAUCAUAGCAUGGCUUUCGACUGGCGCUUUAGAACUGACAAUGUUCUCUGUCAGCUUGAAACUCAGGUGGCAUUGAGAUAAGCAGUGCUAGCAUGAGGUUAGCAGAGCACAGCCUUACCAUAUCCUAGACCACCAUUCACUCCAGAGGCUUCAAAGAUUGGAGGAAAUGCCAUGUUGCAGCUUCCAUGUGUUUUCCAAGAACCGUACACACAACAUAACAUUUUCUGCCUGCCUUUUGUGAGGACGUCUGUGGGGGUAUUGGAAUGGACACCAGUGAAAUUAUCACUACCCAAUAUGCAAAUGUGUAUUAAAGCACUAGCAAGGGUCCAAAAUUAGUUUUUACUACUUGACUUGGUACUUAGGGUUUGGGCUCCUCUUUUGUUUUUUCUUGUUCUGUUUUUGUUUUGUUCUAUGCAGGCUGUAAUUAAAUCUCUCCAUAGGCAGAAUCCAAAGUUCAGUGAAAUAUUUCAAAAGACAAAGGGAAGUUCACACCUGGGAAGGAAAUUAGGGGACACAAACUCUCUGUUCACUUUCGCUGCAAGCUGUUUCUUCCCAUUUAAGGUGCAUUCAACAGAGACACCGACUCAUCUACUCACCAGCAUUCCACACCCCUGGGAGCAAAGGCAAUCUUUAUAUUGAAACUUUUUUUUUUUAUAAAAUACUAACUGACUUUGUAUAUUAUAGAAGCUAUAUGUGGAAUUUUGCCUUUUAUCUUUUCACUUGAAAAAGCUAUCAAAAGUCCCUAAGUAUUCCUAUUUUAUUUCUUAAAAUUCAGCGAAGAAGGGAAAUAAAAUGAAGUUGCAGUUACUAAUUCUUGCCAUCUGCUUUCUUGAACUAUGCAUUUUAGAGAUAAACUAAAAGUGUCCACCAUUUAAUGAAUGAAGCUAGUGCCGGGCUAAGUAGCUGUCCACUGAACUCAUUUCCUGUGGUGAGUGAAUGGUCUCUCCUCAGAGUGUUACUACUUCUUUAAGGCCAUCUCCCUGCAUGGUCAUCUCCUGUGUAGCUACAGAGUGAUAACCUCCAAACCUGGCAUUGCCAGCUCAGUGCCCCAAGACUUGAACCUAUGCUACAUUUUUGAAGAUUUAUAAAAUAACAUUCUUGGAAAAAAAGAAAAAAAGUAUUUUUGAUCUAAAUACAGGCUCUGCAUAUGUUAGGUUUUACAAAUUACCAGUGUUUGUCACCUUUUUUUGUCUAGGAAGAAAACAUAAGAUUUCAAAUAAAAUUUUGAACCAAAAACAUUUAUAAUGCAGUUGUGGUUUUUCUAUUGCUUUUUAUACUGUAUCUUAAAAGACAUCAGGCUGCAAGAAUUUAUUUUGAUGUCAAACACUAUCCUUCCAUUCAUGUAACUAUUUUAAAUGCUAAGAAACAAAGUAAUAAAAAACAGUAGUCACUUUAUUCAGUAAACCGUUUUUUAGAGAAUGUUUAUCUCAGCAGGCAGAUGUUUAGUGCGAAAUAACUAGUCUUUCACCAUUGUAAAUCUUUAGAUAGUAAAGAUAUUCUUGUAAAUGUUUUUCUGAUUGUAUUAAUUUUUGCAAGUAUAGAGAGCUCAUUGUUUCUUGUAAUUAUUUAAGAUGCCUGUUUUUUUAUGCAGUUGUGGAAAGAAUGUAAACUUUUAAUAUAUUCUUUGUUAACAUGUGAA